CUGCCCAUUUGAAGGCUCGAACCUGCUGAACCUGAGUGCGCACCUGCUCACGCAUCUGCCUGCGGAGCUCCAACCGUACACUGAGGGCGAUGCCCGAGGGAGAGGCUGCGGGGAACGGCGCGGCGGCGGGCUCGGGCGGGCAGCUUCCGCCGUGGUUCAGUGGCCACAUCGCGACGGUGAACAAGCGGGCGGGAGAAGGCAGUGCCCCAGACGAGCGCGCGCCGAAGCACGGACGACAACAGGGACAGGUGCAGGCGAAGGACAAAGACAGGCUGGUCGUGGCAAUCGGUCAGUUGCAGCUGGCGAACUCCCGCGAGCUUGCAGACGUGGCGGCCAACACGUUCAAGCGCUACGAGCUGCCAGUGGACACGGGCCUCGUCGCCACGUCGAUCAAGUCGGGUCAGCAGUGCGACGAGAUCAGCCGCGACCUGAAAGAGAAGGCAAAGGCAGGCGAGAACGCGUAUUGGCGAGGUCGAGGUCCCCCGCGCCUGCACGUGUUCACAGGAGCGCGCCUGUGCGGAGCGGAGAUGACGCCCUCGGCGGGGGCCACUCAGGAGCAGGAGAAGAAGCUCAAGCAGGCGUUCGAGCAGGUCCGAGUCGAGAAGCUGAUGACGAUGACACCCCAGGAGCUGACUCGAGCGGCGCUGUACUUCCGCGUGAAAGUGCACAAGAAGCCAUCGGACGGGGGCAAGCACAAGUGCACGAUGUUCUUCAACUUCGACCUGUCGACGGACUUCGGGAAGGUGGCGGCCCCGCUGAUGGGGGCCCUCAUCCAGCUCGAGGGCGGAGUGUUCCUGUCAGGAGCUGCCCCCCGCGGCCCUCUCGAGCGGGAGAUCGCCACGUUGCUGGCGGCCAGGAAGUAGGAGAUGUGAGGAUAGGAUCUGAGCGGAGUGAGAGGGAGGCGAGUAGUGCGGGGCAGUCACACGCAGUGGAGUUUAGUGUGUCUUUGGGUUUGGCGACGGUCUCGGUCUCUCGCCCCGUUCCCGAGGCCCUCUCCAGCAGCGUGCGCUUCCGAGAGCUUCGAGAGCGGGGGCUUCUUCCGAUGUGUGAGACGGUCGCCAUUCCCACGUAUGAUAAUGUGGCCCUGCCGCAGACGCCGAUAAUUCAUGUGCCAAGGGCUAAAGCUCCAGGCCGAGGACGAGGGCG